AUGUCCACACUAUCCAUGGCAUCACAUGCAUGCCACUCUUUCUCUACGCUAAUUGUCGGGGAGUACAACUUGCAGGAGGAUCUCCCAACGUUAACGGGGUUCUGCAAAUGUUCAGACGUGCUCGGUGCUCUUGUCGCUCGCACUUGGUUCGUUGUCAGCCAGUCUCUUUCCAGUGAUAAUAACCCUCCGAACAUGCGCAAUAUGGGGUCGCCAACGUUGGGUUUUGGCAGUUCUCGGGUUGCUAACACUUCUGCAAAUAGAAUCUCCACCCCGCAGGGUUGCAAGGUCCAUCCGCUGGGCAGAUUAUUCCUCGGAUGGUUCUAUCUUAUUAUGGCAACGGAAUGCGUUAGACAUUCGCCCUCCGAUUGGAUUAGCCAGCUGUACAAGAAUGUGCUGAGCGCGAUUAACAUCAUUUUUAUCGCCAUCGAUGUCAUAGUUUCAUCCCACUCAAUUGAUGAAUCAAAGCCAACGGAGUAUAAGCACAUGUUUGCGUUUCCAGCACGAGUUCUCAAUUCUAUUUUUGGCAAUCGAGUGAUGCUCCUCCUCGUUGAACAUCGCCAUCGGACACUACAAAACAACAUGCGAUACAGGUCUCGGAAUCGUUUAUCAACUGACAUCGGUACUUUUCUCACAACGGUGGGCCACGAUAUCGAGGUGACUGGGAAGGACGAGGCGGACAAACCCUGGAUGUCAGAGGGAGAGUGGAUCACUUAA